CCGAGAGCGAACUCAGAAUGUCACUCUCUUGGAAAUGGAAACUAAUCCUUUAGGCUUCAAGUCCUCGUAUAUACUACCUUCUCGCUCCUGACUGGUAGCACUUUAUACUUAAAAACACUGACAAUGUCGAAUCUGAACACCCGUGCAGCUUAUGAAUUUAUGUCAGCCAGUGAUUUCAAAACAGAACUGAGAUCCUUUUGUGAUGAAUUUCUAACCGAGUUAUCAAUCGUGGAAAGUCCGGCGGAUGCAGAAAAUUUUAUUAACGGUUACAAAGCGAAAGUGAAGGAAACACAGCUCAAGCUCAAAAAUGCUAUAGAGACAGUGAGCCUUUUCUUCCGCAAUGAUGAACAAGCUGCACUCGAUAGCAUGGUCAACCUCGCGAAAUGCGAUUGGCAGCAGCGAUUUCCUGCCAGCCAACAGCACACGUUUUUCGAUCGAUUGUUUAAAUUGCAGUGGUGGAACUUCCUAGCAAAUUGCUCUAAUGACAAGCAUUUUAUACCCAUGGAUUGGAAUCGCGUGGGAAUGACGGAGGUUUAUACAAACGAUACAGCAGCUAUGCAAGCCAUAAAUGAUUCAAACCAGCCAGGCGCAUCUUGUUGUAUCCUGAUCCCGGAACUUAGAAGUUUGCCUCACAACAAAAUCGAAUCCAAAGCCAUAGUUGUUGUGCAACCUGACAAAGUCGAAAUCUUUAAUAAGAACACACGUGGUUCUGCUGCCAUUGCUGGUGACGUGAGGGCAACUGCAAGGGCAUGCGAUGGUAAAGAUAAUACAAUUAUGCAUGAACGAAAUGACAAUCAAUGCAUUCGGCAACCGCAUGGGGCACAAGAUACUGGGUCAUCUGAAAGCGACAGCGUCAACAAUGUCAGGCGUCACAACAGCAAUAUCGUUCGGCCCCCCAAAUUUAUCUACCCGAGAUCGACUUAUACAGUCCCUCGCAUUUCAAUUCCAUCGUCUCCACAGCAGCGCUCAGCUCCACAAAAUGUCUACAAGCCAAGCAGUUUUUUGAAUUACGACAAAGAUGGUCCAGAUCGCUCAUUUAAAAAUCCGGAGUUUCAGAUGGCAACAGCGAAUGGUUGGAAACAUAGUAGUAAUAAUAAUGACCGUCAGAAUAAACAUCACGGUAUGGGCAAGAGCGCGAACGACGAACGUGCAACAAACCAAAACAAUAGGAACCAGAUGGAAAAACAAGAAGGAAUGGAUUCAGGGGACGAUUCUGUUAUGGUAGUCGAUGAAUUAUAAUGGUACAGGCUGGAUAUAACAGAUCGUGUGGCAGAUAUAACUUGACCUUAACACCAAGUUGUGAUUAAUAAAUGUCGAUACUUGG